CUCCCCUUGAGUUUCUUCUCAUCCCGCGUUCCUUUCGAUCCACUUUCUCAUUACUUCCUGAUCUUUCUGCGUUAUAUUUGAAUACGAUAAUGGGUUUUAGGGUUUGUUUUAUUUGUCACUGAAACGUUGCGAAGGAUCGGGAUCAGGCUGGUGAAAUUUUUGUAAGUCUACAACGUCGGUGUUCCAUCUGCUGCUUCUUGUGUCGAGAUGAAGAAUCACGAACGCUCGGCAAACUUAGCUCUUCUAGGUCUGACUUUGGCCCCACUUUUUGUUAAGGUUGAUCCCAAUCUAAAUGUAAUAUUGACAGCAUGCCUUACAGUGUAUGUUGGCUGUUACAGAUCAGUCAAGCCAACACCACCAUCUGAAACAAUGUCCAAUGAACAUGCCAUGCGCUUCCCCCUUGUCGGCAGUGCAAUGCUCCUGUCAUUGUUUUUGCUUUUCAAGUUUGUUUCAAAAGAAUUGGUCAACACUGUGCUCACAGGCUACUUCUUUGUGCUUGGGAUCAUCGCUUUUUCCGCUACUCUUGUGCCUUCAAUUAAGCGUUUUCUUCCAAGACAUUGGAAUGAUGACCUCAUUGUCUGGCAUACUCCAUAUUUCCAUUCUUUUUCAGUAGAGUUUACCAGGUCUCAGAUUGUGGCCUCUAUUCCAGGAACUUUUUUCUGUGUUUGGUACGCAUCUCGGAAGCACUGGCUUGCAAACAAUAUUUUAGGGAUUUCAUUCUCCAUUCAGGGCAUUGAGAUGCUAUCGUUGGGUUCGUUCAAGACGGGUGCCAUCCUCUUGGCUGGGCUUUUUGUAUACGAUAUAUUUUGGGUGUUCUUUACUCCAGUGAUGGUUAGCGUUGCCAAAUCGUUUGAUGCUCCGAUAAAGCUUCUGUUCCCCACAUCAGAUUCUGCAAGACCUUUUUCCAUGCUUGGGCUGGGUGAUAUUGUAAUACCUGGUAUUUUUGUUGCUUUGGCAUUGCGGUUUGAUGUUUCGAGGGGACUUCAAGGUCGUUAUUUUAACAGUGCUUUUUUGGGCUACACUGUUGGUUUGGUGCUUACAAUUUCUGUGAUGAACUGGUUUCAAGCUGCACAGCCAGCUCUACUUUAUAUUGUUCCCGCUGUUGUUGGAUUCGUAGCUAUUCACUGCUUGUGGAAUGGUGAAGUAAAGCAGCUUCUGGAGUAUAAUGAAUCUGCUGCUGCUGCUGAUCUGAAGAGUGAUUCCAAUGAGCUGGAUGGAGAAGGUAAAACCCGCAACAAAGAUGAGUAAUCCUUCUGCUUCGUUCUUCAAUUAAUCUGUUCUCAGCAUUAGACAAUACGAGGCUUAGAUGUAAUUAAUUCAAAAAAUUUCAGGAUGAGCUGAAGAUAAUUAUAUAAUUUUGUAAUUUAAUUAUCAAAUGCUUCCCUAUAACAAAUAUGAGUAUUUUUUAUUUAUUAUUAUUUUCCUGCUUC